AUGAUGAUGAUGAUUAACGAAUUUUAAAAAAUCCUAUAAUAUCUUGUAAUUAAUUAUUUGUUUUACAGAACGAAAAGUGAAGGGAUGUAAUAGGGCUGUGAUGUGAAAUUUGAGAUAAACGAAGUAGUUUGGGCUAAAGUCUUAGGCUAUCCAUGGUGGCCAGCAUAAAUCUCGUCAAUUUCGAAUGGGAAGACAGGUACAAACUAAUCAUACAGGGUGAACUUUUUAGCGGAUGGAACACAUGCUGAUUGUCGUCUUGAAAAAGUGAAAAAAUGGAAUGAUAGGCCAACUCAGACAGAAACUAAGAAAUUGAAGGAAGCAAUCGAAUUAGCUAAUCAGAUUCAGACUGGAUAAUAUAAAAACAUAUUGCCGAGCUUUGAAAAUCUGAAUGGGCAUGUGCUUAAGAGUCUUGUAAUUAAAUUGAAUGAUUUAAUGAGAAAGGACUAUUAGAUGGAAGAUAUUGUGCAAUAGUUGAAUAAAAUAUCGAAUAAUGAAUUGUUGUCGAUUGUUAAAAUGAAUCUAGGUUAAUAGUUGUUUCAAAUUCAUAAGACUCGAGAAUAGAAGGAAUUCCAAAGUCUACUCCAUUGCUUUCUAGAUCAAAUGACGAGCAUAAUUGGCUAUAAAGAAUAGGCAGAACAAAUAACCAGUAGCAAAAAGAAAUUUAAAUAAUCCAUUUCAAACGAGGAACCUCUUGAAGAGAUUACAAAAUGUGUAAUUAUUUAAGAUGGGCCUGAAGUCAAAAGAAAAAAAGUAGAAGAGAAUCUUUAGAAUACUCCCCUUAAUUAAUGAUGAUUUUAUAAUCUAAUUUAUUUCCAAUGCAUUCAUAAUAUUUCAUUAA